GGCCGUGCACCAACAGCAGAUUUGGGACAGGACAGUGAAAGUGACAUGUCUCCAGGCAGCCAGAUAUCGGGAUCAUAAUAACGGGAAUCCGCUAACGUGGUUUGCACUGAUUAAAUUUGGGAAUGUCACGUAGCGAAGAUCCAAGUUGAGCACAGAGGCGUCACCAGAACAGAAGUGACCUCGCGUAAACUCUCUGAGGCUCGGCGCACUUCGGACAGAAUCCGCAGAAGAGGCUUUUCUGCGCAGAACCGACUCUGUGGCGUGAUUCGGGGGAAUGAUCCCUCCCAAACCGACCGACAGCCGGAGAGAGAGACGCUGCAGAGCGGCCGCUGUUUAGAGAAGGGGUCUCCCGUCACAUCCCUGCUGCAACAAUGAUGUCGCUGAUAGAUCUGGAUGAUGAUCAACGGUGGGUGCCGACGCACGUUAAUGUCACCGUGCUACGCGCCAAAGGACUGCGCACCAAGGGCAAACACGGCAGCCGCUACCUCUACACCAUCAUCCAGAUGGGGAAGGAGAAGUACACCACCGGCCUGGUGGAGAAGGCGGAGAUGCCCGCCUGGAAUGAGGAAUGCUGUUUCGAGCUGCUCCCCGGGAUCCUGGAGGAGGGCAGCCGCAGCUGCUUCCCCCCGGGGAGCGGAGAUCUGGUCUUCACCGUGAUGCACCGGGUUCUCAUUGGUCUGGACGUGUUUCUGGGUCAGACCAUCAUCCCUCUGGAUAAGAUCUUCCAAGAGGGGAUGUGUCCGAGAGACGAAUGGUUCAAACUCAACUCCAAAGCAGGGAGGAAGGAAAAGGAACGUGGUGAACUCCAGGUGACUGUCCAGUUCACCCGCAACAACAUGACGGCCAGCAUGUUCGAUCUAACCAUCAAGGACAAACCGCGAUCCGCCUUUGGAAAACUUAAAGACCGUGUCACGGGGAAAAAGAAGGGGGAUGUGGAGUCCUCCUCUGCCAUCGUUCCAGGUCGUUACGCUGCGCUGUCAGGAUCUCUGGGACAGUCAUUCGAGGAGAAUAGUUUUAGUGGAGAAGUAGGAGGCGGAGGGGUGAAGGACUCAGGUGAUGUCGAGAUUUCAGAGGAGAAAAGAAGCAAGAUGAAGGAUUUCUUCAAAGGGAAGCUGAGGAAGUCUUCAGACACUAGGUCCUGUUCAUCUCUGGCUUCAGACAGCAGCAUGUCUUCCAUGGCCAGUGAUAACCCUGGACCUCCACCCAGUCUGGACCUGAUGUCAGACCCUCCCAGCUCCCCCAUCUACACGAGCAAAGUCAGAGUGGACACUCACUUAGGAGAAACAGAUUUAGCAAAAAAAGUGCUCACCAGCCAGCACACAACCAAAGUUCUCACACACAAGCGCGCCUUGAGCGAUGAAGCUAGCAAGAUCACCACAGCCUUCCCUCGAACAAACUUAGCAGUGGAGUCUCUGAAGGGUCAGUCCAUGACCCAGUCCAAGUCUUCGCUGUGCAUCAAUGGAAGCCAUGUCUAUGAGUCAGAGCCAUCUACUCCAAAGAACUCAGCAGCUCUUCACUCUAAGCUGGUCCUUUUAGAGAAAUGCUCUCCGCUGUCCCGGUCCCUGCAGAACCUGACCAAGAAGAGUGAGGACAAAGUCUCCUUCUCAGAGGGACGCCGCUGGUCUUUCGACAAGGUGCGAAAAGAAGAGAAGGAGGAAGAAAAAGAAAUUCCUCCAAGUCAGCAUGCUAAGUCAGAGAGCGGAUCCACCCAGGCUGGGUCUUCAUCCGCCUCGUCUUCUGGAGGUUCACCUGAAAAAGGGAAGAAGCUACGGAAGUCAUUAUUCUCAGGAGGCAGAAGUGAGUCUCUGCCGGUGAAAUCAGACCUGAAUCAGGCUGCUUCAGGCUCCGAGGGGAGGCUGAGAGGAUGGUUUGGCUCUGGAGAUUCUCAGAACAAACCUAGGCUGGAAGUUUCUCCUAAGGUAGAAAGCAGCUCAGACAUGCUCCCUCCCCUUUCUCCUCACUCCCCUAUUCCCCUCUCCCCUCACUGCACCUCCCCAUCUCAUCAGGUCUCACCUGAUGACCACACAUCCUGUGACUCUCCUUCUUCAACUCCUGUCUCCCCGUCCAACCCUUUUCUCCCUCAAAUGCAACGCAAUCCUUUCUUUGAAGAGCUGGUAGGUGAAGACCUUCACAGGUCACCUCCUCUCUCUGCCUCACCCUCUGCUGGUUCCUCACCCUUUCAUUAUAUCAGUCUGUCCUCAACACCCAGCCCUGCCUGUGAUGGUAACUCUUCCAUAAGGCGUGAACGCCCCAGACCAGUAGCAAGACAGACAUCUCUUCCUGCGUUAUUACCCAGAGUCACUAUACCCCAUUCCCCAAACCAUCUAUUCCAACGCUCCAUGUCAGGAGAUAUGGAUGAUGGUUUUAAGGCUCUAGCUUCCAGCAGGAUCAAUUCCCCAAAAGGUGCUCCUUCCCAGAAACAUCUAGUAGCAAGUCCUACACUGUUCUAUAGAUCUAGAAAUCCAAUAAAUCCUACUCAGGAUCUGCAGCCUCCACCUUUACCCCCCAGACGGUUGUUAAGAACACAAAUGAAUGAGAUUUACUCUGACGGAUGGCUACACAGAGGUCAGGAGCUGGCCGUCCACAAAGAAGCCUAUCUGCUUUCCCAGACUGGUGUAGCGUCACGUCAUCAUGGACGAAGCACUGCCUCUCCAGACUCGCAAACAAACAGUGAGACAUCCGACUCUAGCAGCGUUCCCUCAAAACGGCACACAAACACAACAUCCACAGCUUUCAUCUGUGAAGAAAAGCCAAAAAAGUUCAAAUACGAACCUUUGGAAGACGUAACUAACUGCUGGGGAGGGAUGCUGUUUGAACAGGACCUGUACGGACGAAUGUAUCAAGUAAACUGUGGACAACCCAAGUUUAGUGGUCACCAUUUGUCAUUAACCUCUGAAAACAAUUCUACAAAUAAUGCCAUAAAAGAGAACACUUCAGUGCUUCCUGAGAGCAAAAUCUCUGUUAAAGAACUUUUGAACAUGUCAAAUUCAAACUUUACAAAUCCUGACUUCAAGGAUCUGGAUAGAAGUUGUAGUCCAGUUGAAGAAGCAGUGCAGGAUAACCCGACCGAAGACAUGUGUGCCAACAAUAACGUGUCUUUCUCAUUGACUUUGGAAGAUUUGAACAUGAAUGUGGACAACAUGGACUUUGGUUUUAUCGAUUCCGAUGGUUCCUCUCAAUCAGAGGUGGCCGAUACUCUCAAAAGUAUCAAGAGUUUAGGGGAGUUUUCCCCUGAAACUGGAGAAGAUUCUCCAACAGCUGAUUACCAGAAAGAGAUUAUACCUGAGGACAUGGACAUGGAUGACAUGAAGAUAUCUGAGGACCCCUCAAAAAGCAUCAACAUUCUGGAGGAGACUUUCAAGAACACGUGCAGGGCUGAGGAUACCUUAAAGAAGGACGACACACCUUGGGACACCUUAGAGAACACAAACAUGGACUCUGUGACGGAUGCUAAAAACCCUGUGACAAACGAAAUUACUGUUUCACCCAGUAAACUGUGCAAGGUAUCUCCAGUUUGCCAAGGGAGUUGCCGGGAUUGUCCACCUUGUAAUAACUCCACAAAAACUGGCUGUAAAACUGGGAUAUUGUCACCCUCAAAACUGAAGUCUGACUUGAGUAUUCUUGAAACUAAACUCAGACAAGUUGGAACAAUGAGUGAUAAUGAGUUCCGAGAGACACAAAAGGGUAUUGACGAUAAUGGUAACCUGCGGGCUGAGCUGAAGCAGACCCAGAUGUUUUCUGGGGUAGUUAGUGCACGUUUAAGACCUAGAGGGGUGGCCAGUCCAAAGCCACACAGCAGAAGUGGAGAUAAUGUGCUGGAGAAGGAUCUGUCCCCUUUCAGGAACAUUCCAGAAGCCAGUGAAUCACUAGUAGUACAAAGAGUUACUCAGUCGUUCAGACUCUUAGGCUUGCAAGAAGAUACCAACACACCCCUUCAAAAAAACGUAAAAAACAAUGUACCUCGUCUUACAAAGUUCUGUUUAACGGGGAAACCGCCCGAGGUUAGUUUUUUAGACCUUCAUGCCAAAGUAGCACCAAACUUGAGAAGUCCUUCUCUGUCCAUGAUUGGAGGAUCUUUGCAAGAACAUCCACUAUGCACACCCUCCAUUCCUUCUGCUUUCCUCCAGACUAUAGCCAGCCCUAGCCCAGCCUCUUGUCCCUCCAUAAACCUCACAAGCAUAGGCCCCAGUACUGAAGGCAGCAGUACUCUGGUUGUGGCCCCCUACAUCUCCUCCACCUUCACCUCCACCUCUGACCGGCCCCUAAUCGAUGUACACCCCUCACUUUUGCCUGAGGAGACACAGUCAGCUAACAACCUGCCCCGUCAGGAGAGCAGACCUCAUCCAGUGAAACCUUUGACCUCCAGCCAAUCAGAGAAGAAGGAGGGGCGUUCUGUCCUGGAGAAACUCAAAUCUACCAUUCACCCGGGACGCAGCAGUGCUCACCAGGUGGCAGCUGAAGCCGAGAGGAGUCAGGAGUCCAUUGUAGACAACACGGCUCAGUAUCAGCACCUGACCAACAUGGAGCUGAUCUCCCUGCUGCUACAGCAGGAGAUGGACAUGCAAAAGCAGCAGGCAGCCUCCGAACAACAGGGGGCGCAGCUGGAGAAAUGUGAGGCCGAGCUAAAAAAAGUCAAAGCCCAGGUGCGAGACUUGGAAGACUACAUUGAUAACCUCUUACUGCGCAUCAUGGAGCAGACGCCAACCCUGCUGCAAGUGCGGAACAGACAUAAGUGACAAGUGUGUUGGGAGAAGUUUUGCACAAAAAAAAAAUUAUUGUCGAGAAAUUGUUUCCUCAAAAGAGGCUGUAAAACACAGGGUUAAGUUUCCAGACACUUUUUAAGAGUUCUACAGACGACUAAGUACAGUAGUCUACAAUUUAUACCACAACGCAGAAAUGUACAGGCCCAGUAGAAGACCGCACGGUUUUAUUCACUUGGCCCACAAGCAAAAAUGAAAUGAAUUUAUUUAGUGGCCCAUAUUGAUCUGAUUUAAAUUCAGACACUAGAUAUGGGCCACUAAAAAAAAGUGUUUCAUAUGUAUGUGGGUCAAAUGACUAGUUUUACUGUGUGUGACCAGGUUUUUUUUUUCAACUGCUAAUAACUGCCCUGUUGGUGUAGAAAUCUAUCCUACAUGCAUGCUGGCUAUACAGUUUCGAUUUGUCACACACCACAAAAAAACCAAAACAACAUAAAUGAACAUACUUAUUUCACACGUGCUUCCAAGAACAACGUAACGUAAAAGUCUACUUCAACCUCAUUUGCGACGAAUAUGACACAAGUUGACGUUAUAUUUUAGGUGCUCGUGACAACUAAUGCUAAAACGUCGACGUGACCUUAUUACACAUUUAAAUGAUUUACUGUAGGACAAUGCUUUAUAGUCAUACAUCAUAACAUACUGCUCUGCAAUGAGGAAAAAUGCUGCUACAAAAACAACAGGAUAAAGGCACAGAUGCUUCCCCUUACUUGAUUGUUAUUUUGUGACUUUUUUUGUCAUAUGAAGAGAAUGCUCUAAUAUAUUUUAAAAAAAAAUUCUGUAAUUGUUUUGGUUAAAAGGCUGCUUUUCUCUAGAAUAAUCCAUUUCAGUUAAAAAAAGAGAAAGAAAAUAAAUAUUAUUUCUAUUAGAGACUCUUGAUAAGAUAUCGGUCAUGAUAAUAUAAUACUCUCUCAGUACCAUUGUAGCAAUCGCAAGGCUUUCGAUGACCGCAGAACUGUAUCGUCCUGAGAAAAUAAAGUGCACAUGUAUCAGUCACGUUUGGCUUAUUUUGCAAUUACCUUAAAGCAAUGUUUACUUAUUACCGCUAGAUGGUGCUGUUGACCUCAUCUACGCUGCCAUUUGGACAGUGGUUCAACUGCGUUAAAUUAUCUAUAGAUACACACAUUACAAACUGUAUCGGUAGUAUUACGGGUUUCAACGAACACGUAUUCAAAAUUCUCACAAAUUGUUUUAAUUCCCUCAUGAAAUAUAUGUUUAACUUGUGUGUUAGGUGUCUCCAGCACACCCAAUACGAUUGCUUUGACAAUCGAUAAACUAAAGCACUUAAA